AUGUCAAUAACAAGAUUAGGUGUAUGUACAUUAAAUUAAUGGGCAAUGGACUUUAGUCAGAAUGUUUAGAAUAUCAUAGAAAGUAUAGAAAUAUGCAAAAGAAAACAAUGUUUAUAUCGAGUUGGACCUGAAUUGGAAAUUUGUGGGUACAUGUGUGAAGAUCACUUUUUGGAAUCAGAUACUGUUACCCAUUGUUGGUAUUAAUCUAUUAUAUUUAUUAAGGGAAGCUAUUGUUGAGAUACUUCCACAUACAGUAAAUAUUGUUUGUGACAUAGGAAUGCCAGUUAUACAUAAAAGUGUGUUUUAUAAUUGUAGAGUGAUUUUGUUAAACAAAAAGAUUCACUUAAUAAGACCAAAAAUAUAUUUGGCUGAUGAUGGAAAUUACAGAGAAUCUAGGUAUUUUACUCCAUGGAGUAAAGAAAUAGAAGAUUUAGAGUUACCUACUAUUAUUUAAAUAGCCACUGGAUAAAAAAGUGUUCCAAUUGGGGUUGCGAUUUUGUAAACCCAUGAUACAGAAAUUGGUAUAGAAAUAUGUGAAGAAAUGUGGACCCCCAUUCCCACUAGUGCAAAUUAAGCUUUAGACGGAGCAGAGAUAAUACUUAAUUCAAGUGGAUCACAUUAUGAAGUUGGAAAAAUAAAAGAAAGAACAGAAUUGUUCAAAGAUAUUACGAAAAGAAAUGGUGCCUGUUAUGCAUUUUGUAAUUUAAGAGGAUGCGAUGGGAAUAGAUUGUACUUUGAUGGAUGUUCAUGCAUAGUAUUGAAUGGCAAAGUUUUUGCAAAAAGUGAUGCAUUUUCACUUAAAGAUGUUGAAGUAACUACUUGUGACAUUGAUUUACAAGAAGUUAGAAAUAUUAGAAUCAAUAUUAAGAGUAGAUCACUUAUGGCAUCUAAAUAAAAGCACUUUCCGAGAGUUAAACUAGACAUUAAUUUAACUUAGUAAUAGAAUUAUGUUUAUUAUCAUGAUAUUCCAAUAUCAUAUGAAUCAGAAAUCGAAGAUUCAAUUGCCUGUUACUUAUGGGAUUAUAUGAGAAGGUCUGGAGCUUGUGGCUUCAUGUUACCUUUAUCUGGAGGUUUAGACAGCAGUGCCACUGCAUUAGCUGUAUUUUUUAUGGCUAAUAAAAUACUUAAAACCAUUUCGAUUGUUGACAACGACUCUUAAACACAUAUUAAAGUCUUGAAAUAAUUACGUAAGAUUGUCGAAGAUGAUACUUUUACUCCUAAAUCUCCAUAAGAAAUUGUUAAUCGACUCUUUUUUACUGUUUAUCUUGGAUCUGAAAAUUCAACCUAGGAUUCUAGAGCUAGAUCAAGAUUAUUAGCAGAGUAAAUAGGCAGCAAACAUUAUGAAGUCGAAAUUGAUUAAGUUUGUAAAGCAUGUACUUCUUGUAUUAAACCUAUCUUAAAAAAGGAACCAUAAUUUAUUGUAAAUGGUGGAUCUCUUUCAGAAGAUUUAGCUUUGUAAAAUAUAUAAGCAAGAUCAAGAAUGGUACUUACUUAUUUACUAGCUUAAUUAACUCCAUGGAAUAAUGGAAAAAAAGGAUUUUUAAUUGUUCUCGGAUCUAGCAAUUUGGAUGAAUCGAUAAGAGGUUUCUUAACUAAAUAUGAUUGUUCAAGUGCUGAUAUUAAUCCAAUAGGUAGCUUAAGUAAAAAUGACUUGAGAGAACUUCUUUAAUUUUGUUACAAGACAUUUAAGUUUUCUGCCAUUUAAUUAAUAUUGGAAGCUAAGCCUUCACCAGAAUUAAGACCUUAAUCGGCUGAAGGUCAUGUUUCAGAAAAUGACAUGGAAUUGACAUUCAACGAGUUAGAAACAUUUGCAAAAUUGAGAAAGGUAUAAAAAUUGGGGCCAGUAAGUUUGUUCAAGAAAUUAAGAUAUCUUUGGUCCAAUAUGACUCCACAAUAAGUAGCUGAAAAAGUGAAAAAAUUUUUCUAAUACUAUGCUAUAAACAGACACAAAGUAGUAACUAUUACUGCUUCAUUUCAUGCUCAAGCAUUUUCACAAGAUGAUAAUCGUUUUGAUUUCAGACAAUUUUUAUAUAAUUGGAGAUGGCCUUGGUAAUUUAAAAAAAUAGAUGAAAAUUUGAUAUGA